AUGAAUAUUAUGAUAUUAAAGGACGCUUUUGCGUUAUUUAUCUUAUUUCAAUUAUUUCAAUUAUCAUCCGUAAAUUGUCAAAAGCAACGAUAUCUGCACACUGCUACUUUUAUUGAUAAUAAGUUAUAUAUUUUAGGUGGAAACAUAGUCGAUAAAUCCACAAGUCUUGAAGUCGGCAGAGAAUUUUUUUAUCUCGAUUGUUCACUUCCAAUUAAUACUCAAAAACCAUUAUGGCAAGACCUAACAAGUGUUAAUAUCAUUCCAACACAUGCUUUUGCAGCAACUGUCAAAGGCGGUGCAAAUAAUAAUACAUUAAUCUUUUAUGGAGGAAGAAAUUUAACUAAUGCAGAAAAUAUGGCCCUAGUUUAUAUGUUUGACACACAAACUAGUUCAUGGUAUAUUCCAUCAAUAUCUGGAGUAUCUUUUACCAAAAGAAGAAGUUUAUCUGCUUUUAUUGAUUAUAAUAAAAAAAUGUACUUGUUCGGUGGAUGGUUGAUAGGAGGUGACUUUGUAAAUGAUAUGCUUAUUUUAGAUACUGUAAAUUUAACUUGGGGAAAAGGAAGUUCACUAAAUGCACCUCUUCCAAGGAUUAAUUAUGGUGCAGUUCUUUUACCUAGCCAAGAUAUUCUUUAUUUAGGAUUGGACGGUCAGCAAGUAAUAAUGUUUGGAGGAUGGAAUGAAAAUAAUAUUAGUACAGCAGAUUCACUUUAUACCUUAAAUUUAAGCACAUUUAGAUGGCAGAUUCCAAAUGUUUCUGGAAAACUUCCAAACUCUCGAUAUUAUCAUAGAGCAAAUGUAAUUGGAAAAUAUAUGGUUAUAUCAUUUGAUCAAAAUGGUACAGAAUUAAGAAUUCCUGGAGAAAACAUGAACACAGAAAGGGUGUCAUUUUAUGCUGCAACUAAUAGAAUUUAA